AUGAUAUACGGACUGCUCGCGAAUUCAGUGAGCAGCGACGUAAAUGUGCUGAAGCCGGCGGUAGAUGCUCUCGCGCAAUUGGAGAGUAGGCCUGGCUUCUGCUCUUGUUUAAUGAAAUGCCUUUGCUGGGGACUGGGCAAUGAAGAGAAAAUGCAUUUACGGCAAAAGUUAUUGUCACACUUGAGAGAAGAAAAUCACCAGAUAGCUCAUACUUUGGCAGUAUUGAUCUCAAAAAUUGCUCGCAUAGACUACCCAAAAGAAUGGCCAGACUUGCUUUCUGUGUUAGCACAACAGCUUUGGUCAGAUGAUACAUUAACUUCACAUAGAAUAUUCUUUAUUCUUUUCCGGAUUUUGAAGGAGUUGUCAACCAAACGUCUUACUUCCGACCAGAGGACCUUCUCUGAGAUAGCAUCUCAAUUCUUUGAUUACAGCUGGAAACUUUGGCAGACUGACCUGCAGAAAAUAUUGCCUGGUUUUUUGGUGCUAGCUCAAAAUAAUCCUGAGUUGCAUCAGGAUGAUAUGUACUUGAUCUGUGAAAGAUGGUUUCUAUGUUCAAAGAUCAUACGUCAACUUAUAGUUUCUGGUUUCCAAAGUGAUGCAAAGUUUUUACAGGAGGUACAACCUGUCAAGAAGGUCUGCCCGAUUAUGCUGAAUGCCAUCCAGUCAUUCUUAACAUACUAUUCUUCUUUUCAAGAGAAACAUCCUAAAUUCUUGGAUUUCCUGAAGAAAUCAUGUACCAAAUUGAUGAAGAUUUUAAUAGCAUGUCAGCAACGACAUCCUUACUCAUUUGGUGACCAAAAUGUCAUUGGGCCUGUUGUUGAUUUCUGCUUGAAUAAGAUAACAAAUCCCGAGCCAGAUGUACUGUCAUUUGAAGUAUUCUUGAUCCAGUGUAUGGUGAUGAUGAAGUCUGUCCUAGAAUGUAAAGAAUACAAGCCAUUCUUGACUGGUCGUGUUAAGGAUGACAACCGGGUCUCACUUCAGGAUGUGAAGAAAAAUGUAUCAAGUGUAGUUGCUGGCUUCAUAGCUUCUCUGCUGUCUAGUGAGCGAGUGGUGCUACUUUGUAACAUAUUGAUACGGAGGUUCAAUGGCGCGCUAUCUUUUGAACUCACAAAUGAUAAUCCAAACAUGCGGAUUACCCAUAGGAAAGUUGCAUUGAUCCUGGGGCAGUGGGUCUCCGAGAUUAAGGAUGAUACCAGACGACCAGUAUAUUGUGCUUUAAUAAAAUUGCUCCAGGAGGAAGACUUGUGUGUCAGGCUGUCUGCAUCACGAUCUCUGUAUUUCCAUGUUGAAGAUGCAAAUUUCUCAGAGCAGGACUUUUCAGAUCUUCUUCCAGUAUGUUGGGAUUCAUGUUUUAAACUGGUGGAAGAUGUACACGAGUUUGACUCAAAAGUUCUAGUAUUAAAUACAAUUUCUUCUCUCAUUGGACGCAUCACUGAAAUUAUUCCUAAUGCAAACAAGUUGGUGCAGUUUUUCCAGAAGGCUUGGGAAGAAUCUUCUGGUGAAAGCCUUCUGCAGAUUCAGCUUCUCACAGCCAUAAAGAACUUUGUAGCUUCACUAGGUUCUCAGUCAUCCAUUUGUUACAACUUGUUAAUGCCCAUAUUACAGAGUGUGCUUAAUGCUAAUAGCCCAGAUGAACUUCUGGAAGACAGCAUGCUGUUAUGGGAGGCUACUCUUACCCAUGCCACCACAAUGGUGCCUCAUCUUUUGAGCUUCUUCCCAUGUUUGGUGGAAAUCUUGGAUAGGAGUUUUGACUAUUUAAAGGUGUCUGCCAGCAUUAUUGAAGGCUACAUAGUUCUUGGUGGUCUAGAGUUCCUCAAUAUGCAUGCACAGACACUAGCAAAAUUGCUUGAUUUGGUUAUUGGCAAUGUCAAUGAUAGAGGGCUGCUUUCAAUUCUUCCCCUCGUGGAUGUUUUAGUUCAGUGUUUUCCUGCUGAAGUGCCUCAAUUACUCAGCACCAGUGUGCAGAAACUAAUUGUCAUAUGCCUGAGUGGGGGAGAUGAUCAUGAUCCUUCAAAGACAGCAGUGAAAACGUCAUCAGCUGCCAUACUUGCAAUGAUUUUGGUCAUGAAUACUAAUUAUCUUGCGCAACUCACAUCAGAUCCGUCAUUGUUAGCACAUCUUCAAAAAGCAGGGUUCUCAAAUGAAGAAAGCAUACUUCUUUGCCUGGUUGAUGUAUGGCUUGAUAAGGUUGACAAUGUCAUUUCCACGCAAAGAAAGACAUUUGCCCUAGCCCUUUCUAUAAUUCUAACGUUGAGAAUGUCUCAAGUUCUUGAUAAACUUGAGCAGAUCCUUAGUGUAUGCACGAGUGUUAUAUUGGGUGGUACCGAGGAGUUUACAGAAGAUGAAUCAAGAUCAAGUUCUCCAACCCCAUUAACCAAAUUCUGCUCGAGAAUUCGCUCAAGGACAAUCUCCAGACAUGCUCAGCCCUCCACGGCGAAUUGUUUAAUGCAGCUAUGUCGAAAAUCCAUCCUUCCUCAUUCGCUCAACUGAAACGCGCAUUAAAUAUGCCAUAAACUAGGUGUGGCUUUCCGAGAUGCAGUGGAGAUGCAAUUUUGUGAUCUUUAUGGUUCCAUUAUAUUCGUGGGAAUCUUUGAAAGGUGAAAUUGAAUAUUCUUUGGGUUUGUGAAGGGGUGGGGUGACGAAUUCUUCUGGUUUCGGUUUCGGUUUCGGUUUCAGUCUUGAUCGUGUUCCAAUUUGUUUCAUCUCCACAAGUUGGAAGUAAAUGGCGUUUUAUCAUAUACAAGAAGCACACACUGUAAAUAGUGUGAUCCCUUCAUGUCAUGGUUUUUGGGGACAUGAGGGUGAGAGUUUGAGGUGACUAUGCAGUCAGGUUUCUUCCAUGCUUCCGAAACUGAGCAUUUGUGUGCAAUUUUUACUCCAAACUGUCCCCUUUUCCAGGGUUUGUUUGGUGGCCUAACAUUUGUGACAAUAUAUGAAAUUUUGAGUCUUGGCUUUUGUAAUUCUUUCAACACGCUUAUUUUACUCAACGCUGUGUCUCGUCAUACGAUGAACAAUAAGUCACUAUCGUAAUAUGAUCUCAAGUGUUGAAUGUCAAUCAUUAAUUCUUACCAAAAUA